AUGCUGCGGCUGGUGGGCCUCGCAUGGCUAAGCCAGGCUGCCGACAUGAGCUCCUGGGACUACACGCGCCAGGACAGUUCCUGGGGGCAGCUCUGCGUCGGCCACUUUCAAAGCCCGAUCGACAUUGAGCCCAAGCAUGCGGAGAAGGGCGACUUCGAGAUCCGCAUGCUCUACAGCCCCCUCAGGCUGCAGGAUGUGGAAUCGGCGGGCGUGGACCCGGAUGGCGUGCCUCGGAUCCGCUUCAAAGCAGGGCGAUCCGUGGGGAAGGUGCAAAUCGGCCGUGGCUACGGGGACUUCGACGAGUACUCGCUCUCGGCCAUCGAGGUCCAUGCCCCCAGCGAGCACACGCUGCGCAAGGCCAGCUGGGCCCUGGAGGUGCAGCUCUGGCACGACCCCAUGCCCGUGAGCCGCACGGACACCCUCCUGCAGCACACGCAGCAGGUCCUCGAGGCCUUGGAGGACUCGGACAGCCGCUUCGCGGCGCUGGAGCGAUCCCAGGCCACACUUUCGAAGCAGCUCAACGGCGAGGCCACGCCCUGGACCGCCAACUCCGCCGAGGGCUCCCGCGCCUCGCAGCAGGCCCAGGACUGGGUGGACGCCGCCAAGGCGGACAUCGCCUCCGUCAGCACGCUGCUCCAGCAGGACAUGAAGGGGGUGACCCAGCAUGCCGACAGGCUGCAGGAGGAGGUCAAGAGCCUUGUCACGGCUCAGAAGCGUCGCUUUGCAGGCUUUCGAGUGGCCCUGUCCCUUUUCGUGCUCCGCGCCUCUCCGGUGUUUCUGGGGGAGAUGAACGGCACGGCCACCUCGCUGGUGAGGUGGCUCUCCCAGGCCCUGGCCGCCAACAAGGACUCGGACAGCGCCGCCUUGGAGCUCGAGGCCGUGAUCGGCAGCCGCAAGGACCUCUACAGCUACGAAGGGAGUGUCCCUCGGCCUCCCUGCACGCCCAACGUGCGCUGGUUCGUGCUGGGUGAUCCGCAGCCUUCCGAUAUUGAGCAGCUGUCGUUCCUCCUGAAGGAGACGCAGCUCGCAGGCCGCGUGCACGGCAACGCACGGCAGGUGCAGCCCUUCGGUCCAUCCAGAAGGCUACACGUCGUCCAGACAGACUGGGAGGUCUUCGAGGCGCCGGUGAUCAAAACGGCGGAGUCGAUGUCACCGGGCAGGCAGAAGAUGAUCCUGAUCGAGAGAUACUGCAAGGUCUUCGUCCUGUGCUCGGUCUUUCUGAUUUGCACGCCGCUCUUCUUCCGCAUCUACAACAGCUGCGCGGACGCGGACGAAGAGGACACAACCUGGGAUGCUUCGCCUUUGGUCCAUCAGCGGAGUCCGAGUAGCACCGAUGCCGACGGCCGGAGGGUGGAGAUGGUUGGCGCGGAGUUCUCCAAAGGCACUUUCUGCUUCAAAGUCGCGGCUCUGAACUUCGUCACGGAGACGAAUGCGCUGGAUGACCAACAGCCCCGCCUGAGUGACGCUGCCUGCGGGCACGUGGCGCAACCACCGGAUCCACCAGGUGGCAUCUACUUCGCGUACCCAGCUCUGGGCGACGUCAUCGUGGACUUCCCGCCCUCCCUGGAGAACGGCGGCAUCGCAGUGGACCUCUACGAGAUCUCCAUGAACCAAGCAGCCGGGGGCUGGACAGUGGUGGCGACCAAUGCUGCUGGCGAUUUCUCGAUGCUGGUGCAAGGCUGCACACAAGGUGCGGACCUGGUCUUCCGGAUCCGUGCGCGCAACGCCGUCGGAUGGGGCAAGUACGGCAGCGAGGUCAGCACCGUGUGUGCCACAGAGCCCGCCAAGAUGGCCACGCCCACGAGGGCCACGUCCACACGAACAUCCAUCACGCUGGCGUGGGUGGCGCCUGAUAGCAUGGGAUCGGCCAUCACCGCCUACCGGCUCUACCAGGCCCUGGAUGGAGCUGCCUACAGCCUCAUCUACGAAGGCUUUACCUUGUCCUACGAGUCCACUGGGCUCAUGACCGGCUCCACGUACCACUUCCAGGUGUCGGCGGUGAACAAUGCCGGAGAAAGCCCACGCUCGGACACCGCCACGAUGUUGGCGGCUGGGCUCCCUGGUAAGCCCACGGCCGUGACCUUCACGCACGACUCCCGCACGCAGACUGUAGUGAGCUGGACAGCACCGUCCGACGACGGCGGGUCUCCCAUCAUCCGCUACGAGGUUUGGUAUCGCGAUGGCCUGGAUGCGGGCCCGAUUGACAAGCUUGCAUGGAGUGGCACAGGCACGUGGAAGCCUCAUGAAUACUUGGUGCCGGUUAUGAUCUGGAUGUGCAUGCUGCUUGCUUUGGGCCCCCCGGGCUUACGCCGUUCCGCCUUCCCUCUCAAGGUUGCUGGCAGCUAG